CCUUAUGGUCCAAGGCGGAAAGGGGAAGUCGAAGAAGGGGAUUAAGAUUAAGGCUAGGACGGUCGGAAAGCCUAAAUCAAAGUCCACUUCAUCUGCAACCCAGAAACCCAUAGGAGGAGUUGCAAAGGGCAAAUGUCAUCACUGUGGUAAGGCAGGCCACUGGAGAAGAAACUACAAGACAUACCUCGCAACCAAGAAGAAGGAAGGUACGACCAUUUCUUCUGAGGUGUAUGUUAUAGAAGUUAACAUGUCUAUAUCUUCAUCAUGGGUACUAGAUACUGGAUGUGGGUCUCAUAUCUGUACUACCAUGCAGGGACUGAAGCAGAGUAGACGGUUAGCUCGAGGCGAGAUUGAACUCCGAGUCGGCAAUGGUGCACCUGUUGUAGCUUUGGCAAUCGGAACUUAUAUUUCAGUCUUGCCUAGUGAAUCAUUCUGGGGGUAUGCGCUGAGCACUGCAAUAUAUACUCUUAACCGAGUUCCAACCAAGGCGGUUGAAGGAACACCAUACCAGCUAUGGACGGGCAAAUGCCUGGUUCUAUCACACUUAAAGAUUUGGGGCUGUGAGGCUUAUGUCAAACGUCUUAUGACGAAUGGCAAGCUUGACGCCAAGUCUGAUAAGUGUUUCUUCGUGGGAUACCCAAAGGAAACUCGAGGGUAUUCAUUCUAUCACCCUAUCGAUAAGAAGGUAUUCGUUGCUCGCAAUGGUGUCUUCCUCGAGAAGGAAUUUCUCUCCAACGCAACUAGUGGGAGAAAGAUAGAGCUCGAAGAAAUUCGAGACGACGAAGAAACUACCGCGCCGGUUCNAAGUGAAUCAUUCUGGGGGUAUGCGCUGAGCACUGCAAUAUAUACUCUUAACCGAGUUCCAACCAAGGCGGUUGAAGGAACACCAUACCAGCUAUGGACGGGCAAAUGCCCGGUUCUGUCACACUUAAAGAUUUGGGGCUGUGAGGCUUAUGUCAAACGUCUUAUGACGAAUGGCAAGCUUGACGCCAAGUCUGAUAAGUGUUUCUUCGUGGGAUACCCAAAGGAAACUCGAGGGUAUUCAUUCUAUCACCCUAUCGAUAAGAAGGUAUUCGUUGCUCGCAAUGGUGUCUUCCUCGAGAAGGAAUUUCUCUCCAACGCAACUAGUGGGAGAAAGAUAGAGCUCGAAGAAAUUCGAGACGACGAAGAAACUACUGCGCCGGUUCUGGAACAUGAGCUAGAGGAACAAACCGUUGUACCUCAAAAUGCUCAAGAUACACAAGAACCCCGUAGGUUUAACCGGUUACGCACACAACCUGAAAGGUAUGGAUUCCUCCUAACCUUUGAGGGUGACGUAAUGCUUAUCGACCAGGAUGAGCCGGAGACCUACCUCCAGGCAAUCAGUUGUCCUGAGGGAAACGAUAUUCCUACUUUAACCACCGUCAAAACGUGGUUGAGUAAAAGUUUCUCUAUGAACGACUUGGGAGAUGCCAGUUAUGCACUUGGCAUAAGGAUCUAUAGGGAUAGAUCAUGGAAGCUGUUAGGUCUCAGUCAAAGUACAUACAUAGACAAGGUCCUCGCUAGAUUCAGCAUGUCUGAGUCGAAACGAGGAAGUUUUCCUAUGGCCCAAGGCACAAGUCUUUCCAAGACUCAGGGUGCUUCCACUCUGGAGGAAGUAGAACGCAUGAGAAAUGUUCCUUAUGCGUCGGCCAUUGGAUCCAUCAUGAUUAAGGAUGCCUUCCUGGUAUAUGGAAGAAAAGAAGAGCUCAGUAUUGUUGGAUAUACUGAUGCCAGCUUCCAAACUGAUAGAGAUGACUUCAAGUCGCAGGCAGGGGGAGUGGGAAAUAACAUGUACCUGGUGGUCGCGAUCGACUACUUUACCAAGUGGGUCGAGGCCGCUCUAGUACCGACCAUCACCGAAGAGCAAAUGAGGAAGUUUGUGUCGAAAAAAAUAUUGUGUCGUUUUGGAGUGCCCCAACAGAUCAUCACUAACAAUGGAACUCAGUUCGAGGCUAGGGGGUUCAAUGAGUUUUUACAAAGUUGGGGAAUAAAGCAUAGCUAUGCUGCGGUCGGGUAUCCACAAACCAAUGGGCAGGUCGAGAAUACUAACCGCACCAUUGUGGAUGGCCUGAAGAAGAAGUUAAUGGAAUGCAAAAACGCGUGGGUAGAAGAAUUACCUUACAUCCUAUGGACUUACAGGACCACCCCGAGGAAGGCCACGGGGGAAACGCCAUUCGCGCUCACAUAUGGAUUCGAGGCAAGGGCUCCAGCCGAAACCUCACUGCUGAGUUAUAGGGUGGAGACGUUUGAUGCGCAAGAGAAUGAGGAAAGAUUGAGGGCGGAAUUACACCUCAUAGACGAGUGAAGAGAAAGGGCCUACAUCCGGGCCGAGAAUUACCGCCGAGAAGUUAAGUCGUACAUGACCAGAGGGUGCGACCAAGGCAGUUCAAAAUAGGCGACUGAGUUCUAAGGAAAAGGGAGGUCAGCCGGCCGACUGACGGUGGGAAGUUUGCAAAAAGCUUUGAAGGGCCAUACAUCAUAAAGGAAGUAUUGGCUG